CGCGCCGGGCCUCCUCCUCCUCCUCCUCCUCCUCCGCCUCCCGCACUCGAGCAGCCGCCGCCGGCCGGACGGGCGCCGCUCCCGCCGCCUCCUCUCUGCCCGCCGCGCCCCGCGCCCUUGCCCGGCAUGUCGGCGGCCGUGGCGUGCGUGGAUUACUUCGCUGCCGACGUGCUCAUGGCCAUCUCCUCGGGUGCCGUGGUGCACCGCGGGCGGCCCGGCCCCGAGGGCGCGGGCCCCGCCGCCGGCCUGGAUGUGCUCGCGGCGCGCCGCGAGGCCGCCUCGCCGGGGACCCCGGGGCUGCCCCCGCCGCCCCCCACCGUCCCCGGCCCGGGCCCCGGCGCCGCCGCGGCGCCCCACCUGCUGGCCGCCAGCAUCCUGGCCGACCUGCGCGGCGGGCCGGGAGCCGCCCCGGGGGGCGCCUCGCCCGCCUCCUCCUCCUCCGCCGCCUCGUCCCCGUCCUCGGGCCGCGCCCCCGGCGCCGCGCCCUCCGCCGCCGCCAAGAGCCACCGCUGUCCCUUCCCGGACUGCGCCAAAGCCUACUACAAGUCCUCGCACCUAAAGUCGCACCUGCGGACGCACACAGGGGAACGCCCUUUUGCUUGCGACUGGCAGGGCUGCGACAAGAAGUUUGCCCGCUCCGACGAGCUGGCCCGCCACCACCGGACGCACACCGGCGAGAAGCGCUUCUCCUGCCCCCUGUGUUCCAAGCGCUUCACUCGCAGCGACCACCUGGCCAAGCACGCCCGCCGCCACCCCGGCUUCCACCCGGACCUGCUCCGGCGCCCGGGUGCCCGCAGCACCUCGCCCAGCGACUCGCUGCCCUGCAGCCUGGCCGGGAGCCCCGCGCCCAGCCCCGCGCCCAGCCCUGCCCCCGCUGGCCUGUAGGGCCCUCGGCCAGCCCACCCUGACCGCCAGGAUGCUUCUGCCGUCCAGGGGUAUGGUGAGGACCCACAGAGAGCCCUGGUCCCUUCCAGCUGGGGUCAAACCCUGAAGAUGCCCCUGCCCCCUCCAGAGAGCGAGGAGGGGCCUGAGACUGGACCUGGGGCUGCCUGACUUCAGAGGUGGCCUUCAGGACGGGUGACCGGGGCUUGUGUCUGUAAAUAGCCAUGAUACUAACUUUCUUCCCAUCUGUGCACUGGGUCCCCGGGGGCAGCCAGGAGGUCCUCCCCUCUCCUCUCCACCGCCCCUUGCUGCCCCCCUCCCGGGGCGGGGUUUGGGGGUAGAGUGGGCUUCUGGGAGCUGGCCCAGGGAAGGCACCCCUGCCCUGUCCCUGCAGGUUGGGAUGAAGUGUGCAGACAGCCAUACAGGAGCCAGGGGUUGACACAGCCCCUGCCUCUCCCCACCCCACCCCACCCUACCGAAAGCCAUGGGAGUAGUUCAGGGAAACAGGGGUGCUGCCCGGCCGCUCCCCACUCGGGUACUCUAUCUCAGGUGUCCACGGGUUCUGCCCACGGUAGGGGCUGCCCGGCCCCCCAGACCUCGGGGGUAGAGCUGGGAUUGGGAGGCGUUAGGAUGCCCAGAGGGGCUCCAGGUCUUGCUUCUGAGAUCUGGGAUGCGGGGUAGGGGGACUCUGGGUUCUUCCAAAGAACAUUUGACUCACUAGGGGAGGGAGGCGGACAUCGGGGUCCGGAGGGAAUGCCAGUUAUUUAUUUUCCCUCUCUCCUUGGGGUUGGGGCCCCGGCUCCCCUGUCUGGGUGGGUGGGUGGGUGUUAGGCUGCAGGGGAGGCUGGCACCGGGCCUGGCCCUCCUGUCCCUGCCGCCAGCUUUGGGCUUUGCAGCAUGAUGUGACAAUCAAUUGUCCUUUUCCGAGGCCUGCAGCGUUGGGCCGCACUGCCCUCCCUGGCCUGCAGGUGGGGCUGUAGAGCCCAUGCCCGCCGGGGUUGCCCUCCUGGGCUUGGCCCCGCUCCCCCGACGUCCCCUCCCUCUCCUGGGUGCCUGGAAGAGGUGGGCCCUGGCCCGUGGUCGAGGUCUUCCUCGUGGACUGGAAGCAGAGGGCUGGCUGUGCAGCCCCCUGGGGUAGCUCGUUUUUUUUUGCACCGGGUAGAAUAUUUUUUCAGGCACGGAUUUCUUUCUUCUGGGCCCCCGUGGGUGGUCCGGCAUCCUCAGGGGGUGUGAGUGGGUGGGGGGGGUCUCUGAGCUGAACUUCGGUGGGGUGGGGACUUGUCCCUCGGGGGCCACCUUCAUGUCCUUGCCAGGGGUCGUCCUGCUGUGGCCUGGGUUGCAUUUCCUCUUAGGGGGUAUUGACGACUCCAGCCUGGAAUGAGAAGGGUCCCAGGUUUCAUGUCCGAGACCCAGAAAGGCGGAAUCCCCCAAAUCGGCUGUGGGAAGUUUUUGGUUCCCCCUUUUGUUCCAGGACCUUCCUGCCUCUCGCUGGGGGACAGGGGGCCUUUGGGUGGCACUGGUGUGCACUGGGACCCAGCCCCGGCCUGGCAGGAUCCAGGGAUGGGGGCCUGGGGGCCUGGGGGGGAGGGAAGCGGGGACGCUCUUCUGGAGCUCUCCACGGCCUCGGUCCCUGGCCUCAAACCCUCCUCCGGCAGCGUUAGUGAGAUGCCUUAGUCUGUGGGGGCGGGUGGGGGACUGGGGCCCCAUUUUCCUUUGUGUGUCUUGGUGGGCCCCGCCCUGGCAGGGGCCUGUCUGCAGCAGGGUCGGGUAGGGCUGUGAGUUCCAGAACUCUGUUCCCAGGGCCCUCUCCAGUGUCCAGGGGCCUGGAGACACCUGUGUCCACUCCUCCACGCCCCCAGGAGCCACUGGGACCUGGUUCCUGCCUUUGCGGGGGAGGUGGCUUCAAGGGACGUGUGCUUUCUGUGGGUGGCGCCCCUCCUCCGCCCUGCCUGGGCUCAUCCUUGUAUUUAAUUAAUUAAACAAGCCCUUUUUUAAACCU